CCCUCAAAAAAAAAAAAAAAAAAAAAAAAACUAUCCCUUUUAGUUUGAUGAAUAUCGCUUAGUGUUUGUCAAGACUAUCAAAGACUUCCUCUCCCUGCAAGAGCAAGACUAUGCUCCAUACUCGCCGAUAAACUUUAUUAAACUUGUUUUGUUUCUUCAAUCUUACGGAAUUCUCAAGCUUCAAUUCAUCUUCAAAGCUCGUUUCCAGGUUUUCGGUAGUCCUUGAGAAGGAUUUCCUCUUCUUCUUUUUUUGGUUUUCGGCAUCUGUAUGUCUACUAGAUUUUUCUCCAUUUUGAUAAAGAAUGAGUUUUUCCAAGCAAGGGUCUCCAACCAACCUGAGUACGUCCACCAGGGGAACCAGUCUCAAUCCUAAUGCUUCUGAAUUUGUUCCCUCUUCCCUUAGAGUUACGAGCAUUGUAGAUGCGGCUACAAAAUUCCCUGCUUCUGGAUCCUCUGGGAAACAGGUGCUAGAUCGAUCCGAGUCCUCUAUUUCAACCAAUUCUGAUGAAGAGGCUCGUCAGUAUUGGCAACAGCAACUCCCUGAUGACAUCACUCCAGACUUUAGGGUCACGGGAGAGGAUGAACCUCAUGGAAUUGGUAAUCUUUCGCUUACUGGCUUGUCAUUGCAUGGUAGCAGUGAAACAAAUAGGUUCUCUGCUGCUUUGGGUACUGGCUACAAGAUGAAUGAAGCGGUUGAGUUAACUGCUCAUCAUACGAAUGGUGGUGCUUUUAGUGAUAAGAUGGGAUAUCCCAUUUCUAUGUAUGGAGAUGAUCUAUCAUCAACAAGCUAUCUUCAUAGGACAAGUAAGCCCUGGGAAAUGCAACUUCUUAGUGCUGACCAUCACUUAGGUAAUGGCAGGGAUGGAAACUUUUUUGACGAAAAUACAAGACGAGGCAAUCCCAAUGAUGCGGCUGUUGAAAGUGCCAUCAUAGAGAAUAACGACAUGAAUCCUGUAGACUUCCUGGCUCUACAGUUUCCAGGUUUUGCUGCUGAAAGCCUGGCCGAGGUAUAUUUUGCCAAUGGCUGUGACCUGAAUUUAACUGUUGAGAUGCUAACUCAGCUUGAGCUUCAAGUUGAUGGAGCUUUUAAUCAAAAUAUGAAUUCGAAGACUGUAUCAUCCCCAAACCUGACAUCAAUGGACUUUCCUGCACUCCCUGUUCCAGACCAUAAGACCAACCUGCGGAAAUACACUGGAGAUGAAUUCCAGCAAAGUGCUAAUUGUUAUGGUUCCUCCGAAAAGGACAAUAUGCUUUUGUUUAGAUCCAGUUCUUCCUUAAGUGCUAAAGGUGUGACUGACUUUGCUUCAGCUGUUCGUAAGUUAUCGCCUCAGGAUUCUUCCUUGUGGAAGUAUGACAGAAGUGGUUCAGCUGAUGUUGCCGUUGGUUCCAGUAGAAGUUCCCAUGCUCUGUCAGGCUCUUACAACACUGGUGCUGGAAGAAGCGCCUAUAGUGACAGGAUGCAGGGUCGUGGCUCUGCUCGAGCUGCUCCUACUUGGCUUGAGACUGGAGAUGCAGUUGCCAACUUAUAUUCUGAAGUCCGAGGAGAAGCCCGUGAUCAUGCACGCCUACGAAAUGUGUGUUUCGAACAGGCUCGUCAGGCUUACCUAAUGGGCAACAAGGCAUUAGCCAAGGAAUUGAGUGUGAAAGGACAGCUGUACAACCUGCAGAUGAAGGCAGCUCAUAACAAAGCUCAGGAAUCUAUAUAUCGUCAGAGAAAUCCGACUAGUCCAGAUCAGCAGGUUGGUGGGAGAUGCCAGGAAAAGAUGAUAGACCUGCAUGGACUCCAUGUGAGUGAAGCUAUUCAUAUGCUGAAGCAGGAGAUGAAUGUGUUGAAGAAUGCAGCUAGGUUGGGUGAGCAGAGGUUACAUGUUUAUAUUUGUGUUGGGACAGGACACCAUACCAGAGGUUCUCGCACUCCUGCAAGACUUCCGGUUGCUGUCCAGCGCUACCUGCUUGAAGAAGAGGGUCUAGAGUACAGUGAACCGCAGCCAGGGCUGCUUCGUGUUGUGCUAUACUGAAUUUAGGGUAAGAACUUGUGUAUGAUUAGGAUUUUUUUGUUGAUGACACAGAAGAAGUCCAUCCAUCACUCUUUUAAAUCAUCAUUUUUGUGCAUCUUUGUACAUGGGAAGAAAAAGAUUUAGUGCAUAUUCAGGAGAAAAUGAAAGGAAAGAAAAGGGGAGAAACCAAAAGAGGAAACGAAAAUGUUGAUAGGUAAAGAGAGGAGAGAAUGGAGGCAGUCAUGUAUCAUUUUGGUUAGUAGCAGCAACACAUUUUGGAUGGUAUUGCCCGUCAGCCAAUCUUUAUCUUAGAUUGAUUGUAUCUUAAUUGGUUACAUUUGGCAAACCCCUCUCCCCAUUAGGUUUCACAUGUAUCCAAUAUAACUCAAUUCAUAUUAGCAAUUCAAAAUUCUUAUAGUAUAA